CAAUGGUGACCUUUUGUUUCUCGGCGCAGUCAUGUACAAAAAAGGUGAGGAGUUAAGAACAACGGAGUCGGUUGGCAGCGGACUACCGAAAACAAACGGUCGGAUGAGACGGUGUGCUCUGACUAUCUAUCCGUGUAGUCUUCACCGGUCCUCACACACAGCUACACACACACAAACACGCGCAGUAGCCUACUGCCAAAUCGUGCGGUCUCACGCGCAUACUCUCUGCUAGCCAGACAGAUACAGAAGCAAUGGGAGACAAUUACUGAGGCAACCACGGAGAGAUACACACUGAGACCGACUAUGGCUGUGGACGCAGCGUCCAGCUUCAGUUUCUGCCGUGCGUCCCUGGAGCACACAGUGUCUGUAGAGGAGCUCAGCUACCAGCUGCCUCGUCGGCCAGGGGCCAGUCUGACCUGGCACGAUGGGAGGGGGCAGAAGAACACACACACCGUCAAACUACUGCAGCAGCCUGGCACAGAGGGCAUACAGCUGCGUCCAGGCGAGGCCUUCACUGUGUACCACACCAGCCCUACUCUGUCCAGUCUGUCCAAACCAGUGGUUCUGUGGACCCAACAGGACGUCUGCAAGUGGCUGAAGAAACACUGUCCCCACAACUACCUGACCUACGUAGAAGCCUUCUCCCACCAUGCUAUCACAGGUCGUGCAUUGCUGAGGUUGAACGGGGAGAAGUUGGAGAGGAUGGGCAUUGUCCAAGAAACAUUGAGACAGGAGGUUCUACAGCAGGUCCUUCAGCUACAAGUCAGAGAGGAGGUCCGCAACCUGCAGUUGCUCAGCAGAGCUUCCUUUGGAAACAUCUCUUAGCUCAUCCCUCCCUCCGUCCGUUUGGCAGCCCUCACUCUCCUCUGCUAUUUCCAGUAGCCAUGGAAGGACCUGCUCGCUCCAGAUAUGUGACUGCAGAAUAGGGCUGUGAGAGGAGGGAAGAAAGGAGGGGAGAGAGGACAGAAAAUAAGAGAGAAGAGGAUCCUUUAGACUACAUGCCAAACACACUGAAGGAGGUUUUCCAUUCAACGAGGCCAAACUGGUUUAAAUGAUGAGAGAGGGAGAGAGAGAGAGAGAGAGAGAGAGAGAGAGAGAGAGAGAGAGAGAGAGAGAGAGAGAGAGAGAGAGAGAGAGAGAGAGAGAGAGAGAGAGAGAGAGAGAGAGAGAGGGAGAGAGAAGUGCUGAAUACAAGGGCACACACUGUAACAUAAGAUGUUUGAAAGGAUAAUGACAAUGUAGACAAAUUAGAUCUUAACUACAACAGAUUCCCCCCUUUUUGGUUUAUUGUUUUGUUUUUGGGGUGUAGAGAGGAGUAUUGUUACUGAUCAAUUACUGUAGUUCAUUAUGGUGGGUGCAUUACUCCAAAGUUGGUGGAAAGGAAAUGCAGCAAACUACUCAAUGUCAAUGUCUCUGUAUCAUACUCACAUCACAACCCAACUGUUCACAAUGUAUCUUUUCCUCAGGAUUUUCAUUUUGGAAUAUCUAUUUAUAGUUUUGAUAGAACUUAUUCAUACAGUAUAAAGUAUAUACACCCUUGCCUUCAUUAGCACCCUCUCCCCAAAGCACAUUCUCUUCCUUUCAUCUCUUUUAUAAAGCCUUGUCUUCACAAUGUACAGAAUGUCACCCUCCAGAUCAUGUCUUUGUACUGUAAAUGAACCAUGUCUAUGACAAACACAUACAGUACCAGUAAAAAGUUGGGACACACCUACUCAUUCAAGGGUUUUUCUUUAUUUUUACUAUUUUUACAUUGUAGAAUAUUGGUGAAGACAUCAAAACUAUGAAAUAAUACAUGAAAUAGUGUAGAAACCAACAAAGUGUUAAACAAAUCUAAAUAUAUUUUCUAAUUUAGAUUCUUCAAAGUAGCCACCCUUUGCCUUAAUGACAGCUUUAAACACUCUUGUCAUUCUUUCAACCAGCUUCAUGACGAAUGCUUUUCCAACAGUCUUGAAGGAGUUCCCACAUAUGCUGAGCACCUGUUGGCUGCUUUCCUGUCACUCUGCGGUCCAACUCAUCCCAAACCAUCCCAAUUGGGUUGAGGUCGGGUGAUUGUGGAGGCCAGGUCAUCUGAUGCAGCACUCCAUCACUCUCCUUAUUGGUCAAAUAGCCCUUACACAGCCUGGAGGUGUGUUGGGUCAUUGUUCUGUUGAAAAACAAAUGAUAGUCCCACUAAGCGCAAACCAGAUGGGAUGCUUAUCGCUGCAGAAUGCUGUGGUAGCCAUGCUGGUUAAGUGUGCCUUGAAUUCUAAAUAAAUCACUGACAAUGUCACCAGCAAAGCCCCCACACCAUCACACCUCCUCCAUGCUUCACGUUGGGAACCACACAUGCAGAGAUCCUCCGUUCACCUACUAAUCGUCUCACAAAGACAAAGUGGUUAUUUGGGCUGUAAGCUGAGGUGCAGUUAACUCUAAUGAACUUAUCCUCUGCAGCAGAGGUAACUCUGUGUCUUCCUUUCCUGUGGCGGUCCUUAUGAGAGCCAGUUUUAUCAUAGUGCUUGAUGGUUUUUGCGACUGCACUUGAAGAAACUUUAAAAGUUAUUGAAAUGUUCUGGAUUGACUAACCAUGUCUUAAAGUAAUGAUGGACUGUAGUUUUCUCUUUGCUUAUUUGAGCUGUUCUUGCCAUAAUAUGGACUUGGUCUUUUACCGAAUAGGGCCAUCUUCUGUAUACCACCCCUACAUUGUCACAACACAACUGAUUGGCUCAAACGCAUUAAGGAAAGAAAUUCCAAAAAUGUACUUUUAACAAGGCACACCUGUUAAUUGAAACUCAUUCUAGGUAAAUACCUCAUGAAGCUGGUUGAGAGAAUGCCAAGAGUGUGCAAAGUUGUCAUCAAGCCAAAGGGUGGCUACUUUGAAGAAUCUCAAAUAUAAAAUAUAUUUUAAUUUGUUUAACACUUUUUUGGUUACUGCAUAAUUCCAUAUGUGUUAUUUCAUAGUUUAUGUCUUCCCUAUUAUUCUACAAUGUAGAAAAUAGU